AUGGCUGUCAAAAUUUACAUCGUGUACUACGCGCGGAGUUCGUGCUUAUACAGACUAGCCGAAAAAAUAAGAACAGGCGCUGAAUCUGUAGAAGGUGUUAAAGCCACACUGUGGAAGGUACCUGACAAACAGAUGAUAGAUUGGCCAAAAGGUUCAUUCAAGACUGAGAUGGACAUAGACAUACCUGUGAUUAAGCCUGAUGAGCUCCCUAAGGCCGACGGAUUCAUCUUCGGUUUCCCAUCAAGAUUCGGAAUGAUGGCGCCUCAGUUUAAGGCUUUUCUGGAUGCGACCGGAUGCCUUUGGAAAACACAGGAGCUUGCAGGCAAACCAGCUGGAAUCUUCUGCAGCGCGCACCACCAAGGAUGUGGCCAAGAGACUUCAGCGCUUAGUGCUGUCACUCAGCUUGUUCAUCAUGGAAUGUUGUUUGUUCCUAUUGGAUACACUUUUAGGCCUGGAAUGUUUGAGAUGGAACAAGUGAAAGGCGGAACACCCUAUGGCGCGGCCAGUUAUAGUUUUGAAGAGCCAACUUUCCUAGAGUUGGAGCAAGCAUUCCACCAGGGGAAUUAUAUUGCAACCAUCACAAAGAAGCUUAAGGGAUUGCAAUAUAAACACAGUGGAUACAAAAUUUGUUAG